GAGGGACGUUUGAAAUCAAACAAGCAGUGUGUAGGGGAGGUGUCAGACAGCUACAAUUUAACCUUUUUGCAGGGCUUUUCAGAUUUGCUGUGACGUUUAUUUAUCUGUAUUAACCUUUUCAUCGAGUCGGACUUUGAAAGGAGCUAUACUGUUGUGAGAAAAUCGAUCUCGCUGUAACGCUGCAGUGGACGUUUAUGUAGCCACAGUCGUCAGCUUUCAACAACUGCCCGACGCCUGUUAGCUAGCUUAGCAAGAUAGGGAGAGCUAUCUGCUUGAAAGCUAGUUACUCUGAAAUUCGAAUUCCGGAUAAGUUAUCGGUCAGUGGUCGCUCUGGGGUCAUUGUGCAAUAACUUUUAAGAUAUGGACUCUGCUGCAAAGCUCAAGUUGACAAAGGACAUGAAGCUUCAGAGGCCCGAGGUGAAGUCAAAUGGUGACGGGCCAAAGCGGAUUCCUGUGUCACAACAGUCACAGAUGGCUGUAGUUACACCAACCCAGCAUCAGCGUGUCCUGGGUGUGUCAAAUGGACCUCAGCGCAUUCAGCGGCCUCUCAGCCAUCAGAAACCAGUAUCUCAAGUCUCUGUUGCUGUCAAGUCCACCCAUCACACAGAUCAGAAUGUGAACCCAGCUACUCAGAAAGGAAAUCCUGCACCACAGCCCAAACAUGCUUCCCAGCAAGACCGGCCAAAGUUGAGUGUGCCCAAGGUGAACCCAGAGCUGGCAAAAAUGCCAUCAGAAUCUGCAAAACCAGAGAAGCCACAAAACAAACCUGCCAAGAAUGAUUAUGAAAAAGCAUCAAGCAAGCGGUGGAGUCUAGAAAAUUUUGACAUUGGCCGUCCCUUAGGGAAAGGUAAAUUUGGCAAUGUCUACCUGGCCAGAGAGCGCCAAAGUAAAUUCAUCUUGGCCCUGAAGGUGCUCUUCAAGAAGCAGCUGGAGAAGGCUGGGGUGGAGCACCAGCUGAGGAGAGAAGUAGAGAUCCAGUCUCACCUCAGGCACCCCAACAUCCUGCGUCUCUACGGUUACUUCCAUGACCCGUCUCGCGUGUAUCUCAUCCUCGAAUUUGCACCAAAAGGAGAACUGUAUGGUGAGCUGCAGCGCUGUGGAAGUUUCCCUGAGGACAGAAGCGCCACUUACAUCAUGGAGCUAGCAGAUGCCCUCAACUAUUGCCACUCUAAGAAGGUGAUCCACAGGGACAUCAAACCAGAGAACCUGUUACUGGGGGCCAAUGGGGAGCUGAAGAUUGCAGAUUUUGGCUGGUCUGUUCACACACCCUCCUCCAGGAGGUCCACACUGUGUGGGACACUUGACUACUUGCCUCCAGAGAUGAUUGAGGGAAAAACUCAUGAUGAAAAGGUGGACCUGUGGAGUCUGGGCGUCCUUUGCUAUGAAUUUCUGGUUGGGAAACCCCCCUUUGAAGCAAAAAGCCACGAGGAGACAUACCGCAGGAUAUCGAGGGUGGAGUAUACUUACCCUGCACAGACUGAUAUCAGUGCCGGAGCCAAAGAUUUGGUUGCCAGGCUGUUGAAGCACAAUCCCAUGCACAGAUUGCCAAUCCAGGGAGUGCUGUCCCAUCCCUGGGUGGUUGCGUCCUCCACCAAGAAGCCCACAACCCUGCUUAAUGAAGAGCCCAGCCAACACUGAACAAUGGCUUUCACCAAGGUGUGAAGCAUGAACUCCGGUGUGCAGCUGAUUCAUCAAAAUCUGCUUGCACUGCUAUGUUGACUGCAAAAUCACUUCAUGUGGAUAUUUUUGUCUGGUGGCAUCUUGAGCCACUUGGUUACAUUUUUUUUUUCUUAUCUUCUGUUCUCUUACCACAUUUCCCUGUCUUAUCACUGGCAUUCUAUUUGCCUGUAAAUAUUUCACUGUUUUUUUGUAAUUAUGAAAAUUUUAUUGAGCUUUUCUAAAAUGUCAUUACUUGAAAUAAAUAAAAUGUAAAUUAUC